ACAGCGCGGAGCUACCGCUGCUCGCGGGCCAUGGGGAGCCUGAAGGAAGAGCUGCUCAAGCCCAUCUGGCAUGCCUUCACCGCCCUCGACUUGGACAGGAGCGGCAAGGUCUCGAAGUCCCAGCUCAAGGUCCUUUCUCACAACUUGUGCACAUUGCUGAAUGUUCCACAUGAUCCAGUAGCCUUGGAAGAGCACUUUAGGGAUGAUGAUGAAGGACCUGUUUCCAAUCAGGGUUAUAUGCCUUAUUUAAACAGAUUCAUCUUGGAAAAGGUUCAAGGAAACUUUGACAAAGUUGAAUUCAAUAAAAUGUGUUGGACUCUGUGUGCCAAAAAGAACCUUAAGAGAAAUACCUUGCUCCUUACUGAUGAUGAUGCUUUUAAAGUGUGGGUCAUCUUCAAUUUUCUAUCUGAGGACAAAUAUCCACUAGUCAUCGUACCAGAGGAGAUUGAAUACCUGCUUAAGAAGCUGACAGAAGCCAUGGGUCUAGGCUGGCACCAAGAACAGUUUGAACAUUACAAGUUCAGCUUGGACACCAGUUGGGAAGGUCUUUCUGCCUGGGAAUUGAUUGAACUCAUCGGAAGUGGUCGGUUUAGCAAAGGGAUGGAUAGGCAAACAGUAUCUAUGGCAAUUAAUGAAGUCUUCAAUGAACUUAUAUUAGAUGUAUUGAAACAGGGUUAUAUGUGGAAGAAGGGACACAGAAGGAAAAACUGGACAGAACGUUGGUUUGUCUUAAAACCCAAUGUUAUAUCAUACUAUGUGGGUGAAGAUUUAAAGGACAAAAGAGGAGAUAUAGCACUGGAUGGCAAUUGCACUGUAGAGGCCUUGCCUGACAAAGAUGGAAAGAAAUGUCUCUUUCUCAUAAAUAGUUUAGAGAAAUGUUUUGAAAUCAGUGCUUCUGAUAAGAAGAAGAAACAGGAGUGGAUUCAAGCCAUUCAGACAACUGUAAAUCUGCUAAGAUUAAGUAGCCCUCCAAUUCACAAGGAGGCACGCCAGAAACGUAAAGAAUUGCGUCAGAAACUGCAGGCUGAACAAGAGGAUCUGGAGAGGCAAAUGAAAGAGCUGCAAGUGGCAAAUGAGAACAAGCAGAAGGAACUGGAGACUGUCCGGAAGCAACUUGAAGAAGCUGCAACUCGAGCCUCAGAAGAAGAGAAGAAGCGUCUGCAGACUCAAAUGGAACUGCAAGAUCAUUUCAGUCUUGAGCUGGAGAGAGAGAAAAUGAUAAGACAGAAAAUGGAAGAACAGGUUGCCCAGAAGUCAUCGGAGCUAGAACAGUAUUUACUGAGAGUCCAGGAACUUGAAGACAUGUAUAAGCAGCUCCAGGAGGCCUUGGAGGAUGAGAAACAGGCACGCCAAGAUGAGGAGACCGUUAGGAGACUUCAAGCCAGGCUAUUGGAAGAAGAGUCUGCCAAGAGAGCAGACCUGGAGAAAUGGCACUUAGAGCAGCAACAGACCAUUCAGGUGACUGAAGCAGAGAAGCAGGAGUUGGAAAAUCAGAGGAUGAUGAAGGAAAGUGCUCUUCAAGUUGCCAUGCAACAGUUAGAACAACUGGAAUUGGAUAGGAAGCAAGCACUUGAACAAUACGAGGAGGUGAAAAAGAAGUUGGAAGUGGCAGCAAACAAGACCAAGAGUUGGAAAGAUAAAGUAGCUCAUCAUGAGGGAUUAAUUCGAUUAAUUGAACCAGGUUCCAAGAAUCCUCACUUGAUCACAAAUUGGGGACCAGCAGCCUUCACUGAAGCUGAACUUGAGCAGAGAGAGAAGAGUUGGAAGGGGAAAAGGAGCGCUUCUGAGCAAUGAACAUAGCUUAAAUAUUUUGGGGUGGGAGGGAAGAAAUCUAAUUGUUAAAUGAAAUAAUCUAUACCAUCUUAAUGUGAAAAUAGAGUUGGUUGAAGGUUUCCAUCAACAAGUUGGAUUGAACUACAAAAUAUAAACUGACUACUGCACAUUAUUGGCUAAUGCAUUCUCAUGCUCUUAUAUAAUGGGAACCAAUAAAUUAUAGCAGAGUUUGGGUUGGGGUGGUCAACAUAGCUUACAUAAAUUCUGUUUGGAACAAAGAACACAGAUCAGGAAAAUUUGUAUGUUUCUGACUUCAGUUGUGCUUUUCACCAAUUGAGGGGAAACAGAAAUGAAACACAAAGACCAUUGUGGGACAAGAUGAGCCUGUUCACAUGCUUAGUUAUCUUAAACUGGCUAAAGAACUGUAAACUCAACCUGUUUGUUAUAGGUUUGGGGCAAUAAAAGGUCAUGUAAACAGUAGAAGGGCUAUUAUCUUUGGUCAAUACAGUCUACAGUCUCAUGGAAAAAAACACAUCAGCCUAUUCAGUGAAUCAGUAUAGCCGCUAAGGAGGUGUGGCUGAAAUGUCCUGGAAUUCUUUUCUCAUAUAGAUAUGGGCUGCAAUCUCAGGAAAACAGCUGAGAUCCUGAUUUCUAAAUCUAAGCAAUGCUGAAGUGUUUAAAGGAAAAAGAGGAGAGAUCCUGGGUUGGAUCCAGAUGUAAGCUGGAUCAACUGUGCUGGUGGAAGUGGACUUCCCCACACCUCCUUCCCCUGGCAGCCCCUUUAGCCCUCUAAAAUGCUACACAGAGAAGAGACCCUGUUAAAUGAGAUUAGCUGAGGGGCAGGGGGAUCCCCCCAAAUCAGGCAGAGGAACCAGAUCCUGAAUCCAACCCCAUGAGUACUGUAUUAAAGAGCACCUACGAUUCCUCUAUGUCUGAUCAUUUAGCAGUAUCUGUCUGGAAAUGGUAGACAACUACAAAUUAUUUGUAAUUUUAAGGAAUACAAAUAUCUUCUUUGCUAGAAGAUAGCUUUUGACAGAAUUCUGGCAGUCCUUUUCUAUUUUUAGGAAGCCUGGUUUAGGAAUUCAUAGCCCAGUCUUGAGCCUUUUACUCUAAAAUACUUUUAAUAACUGGGUUUUGUUUUAGUAUUUCUUAUAUAUUUAGAGGGGAAAGUGUUUGUUCAGUAUUCUUCUUGUUUGCCUUCUGUAAACACUCACAAAAAAUCAAAGUACUGAAAUGUGACGGGGUGGGGAGAUGAUUUUGUCCCCUUGUAUUUUUUUCUCAGGCAUCAGACACCAGCAGUUUACUCUGCUAAACUUUUCAGAUAAAGCCUUGUGCCUUAAAGACAUGUCGGUUAAAGAAAUAUUUGCCAGAAGUGUUGUGUUUGUGUGUGCCUGUUUCAUACAAAUCUCUUGUAGACUAGUGCUAUCCAAUCCUUUGGUACCUGGGGCAGGUUUUUUUUUUUCUGGGUUAAAAUUGGAGUCACAUUUCACUUUUUACCUGCAGAUAUAUACAUAUUCCUCUAUUCCACUCCCACAAUAAUGGGCAGGCAUGUUCUGUGCAACUGCAUGAUAGCAGUUAAUAUUGUCCACCAGUGUUUCACCUCCCCUUUACCCAGGGUAUCAGGGAUGGUGUUGAGCUUUCUAGACAAUAGUGAUGCUUCUGGGAUUCCUCUUCCCCCUGAUCUAAUGUGGCUUUAUUAAGGAAUUGUGGUGUGUCCUAACUCCUUCCCUUGGGAUGCUGUCACUGCUCAUAUAUUGGCAGGGCAAGAGAAAAUCAUUGCUGCAUGGGUCCUCCCUAAUUUGGGAUACAGGUGGUGGAUGUAUCUAACAUGGUGACUUAGUCCUUCUCCUAUUGCAUACUUUGGGAAUCACUGCUGCAGACUGCUGGUCUCAUUUUGUAUGAAAUGAUCUACACAAUUUGCUUUGCCUCUCUAAGGAUACAAUCCUAUGCACACUUACCUGAGAGUAAGCCUGAUUGAACACAGUAGAUCCUUCUGAGUAACUGUUUGUACUGUUUGCCAGUCAACUACUUUUUGAAUUACAGGCAUCUGCUCAAGUAAUUUCUUAACAAACUAUCCUUGCUUACCAAACUUGUACAGUUUUCCUAUACAUUCCAAAUAUUAGUGCAGCUAAUAAUUGCUAAAUUAUUUUACACGUAAAUGUAAAAUUAAUAUUUUAGUUUUAAAGUAUGUGAAUAUAGAAUAGCAUCACUGGACUUUUUUAAUGUCUUAAUACCACAGGAACAGAAUUUUACAAUCUUGAAGAAGAGCCAUCCCAUCAAUUUCUGGGACUCAGUAGGGGAAAUCAUGCAAGCACUACCAUUCAUCACUCUCCAUUCAUUUCAUUAGGGUGGAUAUGAAUUUCUCAUGCAGUUAAAGGAUGAAAUUAAUGGAGUGUAUGCAGCAAUAAUGCUGGAUCAAUUGGGACCUCCAUGAUUUUGGGCUUACCAAAAAAAAAGCAAACAAAUGCUGAAGAGUCCCAGCUCCAUUGAGGUCUUUGUGUGUUUAGCUCAAUUUGUUUAUAAUAAUUGAAAUGGUUUUGUUUAUAAAAAUGUUUCAACAGUGAUUAUGUGCAUGAAUAUUAAUGAAACACAGCUUCUCAAACUUUUACUUCCUGUACAAUAAAAUUAGUUCUUUAUGUUGGAGAUAUGUUCACAUUCCUAACUUGAUUCGAACCACCAAUUCCAAUAUUGUUAUACUUUGUUAAAAUCUGGGAAGCAAGUUGAGGUGAUAUUUAUAAUGUCCAAACAUAUUAGUUUAAUGUCUACUGUUACAUUACAUUGGAUAAGUUUCGUUAAUAUUUUUUGCUAACAACCAUAGUGCGUUGGCCCAAUUUAAGGAAGUGCCAAUGAUACAUAUUUUCAUAUGUUCCGUUUUUACUAGAGCAUCUAUUAAAAUGUAAUA